GCAGUGUAGCGGUGGUCAUCUCCGUCGUUGUUUGUCAUGUCGGUGCUUAUCUUAAAGUUUGUAAGUCGUCGAAGUCGAAGUUACUCCAUAAUGUAAAGUAUUCGAUGCGGAGUUUACCGUUUUGGACGCUGUGAACUUAUUUAAUACGCGAAGGUAGCGACGAUUGGAUGAGAAUCCAACGUCUUUGCGCUUGUGUCGUCCGAGAUGAAUAUUAAUUAAAUGAAAAAGAUGUCCGGGAAACCCCCCGAAGAUCGUAUUAGGGAGUUGGAGCAGAUGAUUUUAGGAGGUCCCGUCGUCUUCAACGGCAAAAGUUUCGGCCUGGAGACACUUCUGGACAUUGUGGUGGUCCUGUACGACGAAUGCUGCAACUCGUCCCUCAGAAGGGAAAAGACUGUUACGAAUUUCAUUGAUUACAUGAACCCGGUGGUCGAGAAAAUAAAAAACCUGAGAUUGGCACGAGAUGAUUUUGAAAUUUUAAAAGUCAUUGGACGGGGUGCAUUUGGAGAGGUUGCGGUUGUAAAGCAGAAAGACAACGAUAAAGUCUUUGCAAUGAAAAUACUUAAUAAAUGGGAGAUGCUGAAAAGAGCUGAGACUGCAUGCUUCCAAGAAGAACGAGAUGUCUUGGUUAACGGAGAUAAAAGAUGGAUUACAAACUUGCAUUACUCAUUUCAAGAUGGCAAAAAUUUGUAUUUUGUUAUGGAUUAUUAUUGCGGAGGUGACCUCCUGACCUUACUCAGCAAAUUCGAAGACCAUCUACCGGAAGACAUGGCAAGAUUUUACAUAUCGGAAAUGGUGUUGGCCAUCGAUUCCAUACACAAAUUAAAUUACGUUCACCGUGACAUCAAACCGGAUAACGUUCUUCUCGACGCAAACGGUCACAUUCGACUAGCCGAUUUCGGUUCCUGUCUGAAAUUGUGCGAAGAUGGCACUGUGCAAUCAAAUGUUGCAGUCGGAACUCCUGAUUAUAUAUCUCCCGAAAUAUUAAGGGCAAUGGAAGACGGCCAAGGCCGAUAUGGAGCUGAAUGUGAUUGGUGGUCGUUAGGCGUUUGCAUGUACGAAAUGUUAUAUGGAGAAACGCCCUUUUAUGCUGAAUCGCUCGUAGAAACCUAUGGAAAAAUUAUGAACCAUAAGAAUUGUUUCGAAUUUCCUGACGAUUUAUGUUACGAAGUAUCAACUGAAGCCAAAGACCUAAUGCAGAGACUGAUAUGCAGUGCCGAAUGUAGGUUGGGUCAGAACGGAUUGGAAGAUUUCAAAAAUCAUCUUUGGUUUGCUGGUGUCGACUGGGAAAACAUAAGAGAGAGUGAUGCUCCUUACGUACCAGAGGUCGCCAGUGCCACCGAUACUUCUAAUUUUGAUGUUGAUGAAACGGAUUUAAAAGGCUCAGAAUCUGUUCCUCCUACAUCAAAUUCAAUAUUUUCUGGUCUUCAUUUGCCAUUUAUUGGAUUUACUUUCACAUCUGGAAGCCAAUUCUCGGGUAUCCUGUGUGACGCAUCUAGUCAAGAUCAAAUCGAUAGUGCAACACUUAGUAAACGAGAAUUAAAAAUACAAAAGUUGGAGCAAGAGAAAGCUCAACUUAUUAAAAAGUUAAAAGAAAUGGGAAAAAUCCUCGAACAGCAUGGUGUUGCGAUGGAUCCCGACGAUCAUAAGAUACUGAAGAACUCAACAGUCGAUGCCGAAGUCAGAAAAUACCAAGAUGAGAUUAAUAUUUUAAGAAAAAAGAAUUCUGAGAUGGAAGCUGAACUCUGUAAGUUAAUACAAGAACAUAAAGAAACUAUAAAUAAGAAACAAGAACUAGAAUCCCUACAAGAUGAAAAAUCUGCUCGAAUUAAAGAAUUAGAAAGAGCCUUCAGAAUUUUAAAAGCUGAAAGAGAAGACAUGCACAAAGAUUAUAUAGAAGCUCAGGAAAAAUUGAGAUUACAGUCUAAAGAACUGAAAGAUGCUCUUGCACAACGAAAAUUAGCUAUGACAGAAUAUACUGAAGUUAGCGAUAAGUUAUCUGAAUUGCGAGCACAAAAGCAGAAGUUAUCGCGGCAAGUACGUGAUAAAGAAGAAGAAUUUGAAACUGUCAUGCAAAAAAUUGAUAAUUUGCGACAAGACCUCAGAAAAGCGGAUAAACUGAGACGCGAACUCGAAGGAAGGAUGGAAGAAGCGCAAACCGAAGCCACCAAAGAGAGAAGAUUGAGGGAAAGAAGCGAAGAAUACGCACACCACUUGGAAGAAGAGAUGGAAGCCUUAAAGCAAAGACAGAUAGGCCGUUCUACAAGCCCAGUGCAUUUGGAAGCUGUUCAAGAAGCCAGCCGUUUGAAACUAGAACUAGAAAAUUUAGAACUUCAGCAUGGAGAAAUCUUAAGUCAGCAGCAAUCUCGGUAUCAGACAGAACUUGCUUGUUUACAAGAACAAUUGCAAGAAGUUGAUAGUGCAAGAGAAGCAGCCGAGAGAGAGAUUUUAGUACUUAAAGAGAAAAUUGAGGAAACAAGACAUGAAUGUGCUGUUGAGCAUCAAGAAUUAAUUAUAGAAAUUAAACGAACUCACGAAAGAGAGAAAGAUAUGUUACAUGAAGAGAAUAGGAAGCUCGUACAAGAAAUUGAUCAGUUAUCGCAAAUCAUCAAAAGACAGCAGGACGAAAGAAGAAGGAUCGAAGAUGAUUUGAUAAAUGUCAGAGAGAAACGUGAGUCUAUUGCUCAAUGGGAAGCACAAAUCAGUGAAAUUAUUCAAUGGGUCAGUGAUGAAAAAGAUGCAAGAGGAUAUUUACAAGCCUUAGCUACUAAAAUGACAGAAGAACUGGAAAGUCUGAAAAUCAGUGGAAUGUCUACAACACUGGAAAAGAAUUGGAGGAAUAGAAGAUCACAGAAGCUGGAUAAAAUGGAACUCUUGAGUUUACAGUCCAGUUUGCAGAGUGAAAUCCAAGCCAAGCAAGCAAUUAGCGAUGAACUUACAAGAGUUAGAGCCGAACUUGUGGCCCAGCAAAAGGAACUUGUUGAAAAUCAACAAAAGACUGAAUUAUUUAAAAAAGAUAUUAUGAAGAAAGAUGCUCAAAUCAGAGAACUACAACAUAGAUUGGCUGCUGGAGAUAGCUUCUUGGAUAGUCAUACAUCUCAAAUGUCUUUCCUUGAGCAAUUUUUAAAAGACACUUCCCAACAAGUUGCAAGAAGCAACAGUGGAGAAUCAGCAGGUGCCGGCGAUGAAGCGGACGUGGAAGAUAAUCAGCCUCCAUCCGUAACUAGUAGUAAAUCUAAUAUAUCUGAAACAAGUGUAGAUCGUAUAUUUGCUUCGACUUCUGUAUCUCCUCUUAACGACUCAAAACCACAAUUUACACUAAUAUCUUCACCAAAGCCAAAAGCUCAUCAGUUCCUGAUUCGAACAUUUGUAGCACCUCUAAAAUGCAACCACUGCACCUCGUUAAUGGUCGGAUUAAUUAGGCAAGGUUCUGUCUGUGAAGUUUGUGGCUUUGCCUGUCAUAUUACCUGUCAAGCUAAAGUUCCUGCUAUGUGUCCAGUGCCUGCAGAUCAAACUAAAAGACCGGUUGGAAUUGAUCCAACUAGAGGAAUCGGAACGGCCUACGAAGGCUAUGUAAAAGUACCUAAACCCGGCGGCGUUAAGAAAGGUUGGAUGCGUCAGUUUGUUGUGGUGUGCGAUUUUAAGUUGUUUCUGUAUGACUUAGCCCAAGAUAAAAAUGCACAGCCUUAUGUCUGUGUUUCCCAAGUACUUGAUAUGAGGGAUGAAGAUUUUGCAGUGAACUCAGUAUUUGAAUCCGAUGUCAUACAUGCCAACAAAAAGGAUAUUCCUUGCAUAUUUAGAAUAACAACUUCUAUGAUGGAUCCUCCUGGAAUAAAAAAUCACACGCUUAUGUUAGUGGAUAGGGAGAGCGAGAAAAACAAAUGGGUGGAUGCCCUGAACGAGCUUCAUCGUAUUUUGAGAAGAAGCAAAUUGCCCACAAAGUCGGUGUUUCAAGCAAAAGAAAUAUUGGAUACCACAGUUGCGAUUGUUCGAAAUUCAUUAGCCGGUGCCAUCAUAGAUAAGGAGAGAAUACUUUUAGGAACAGAAGAAGGAUUGUAUUGUAUUGAUUUAGAUCGUGAAGAAAUAGCACGGAUAGGUGACACCAAAAAAAUCUCUCAGAUCGAAUAUAUUUUAAUUGAACAACUUUUAAUUGUGAUUGCAGGGAAACACAGGUAUUUGAGACUCAUCCCGGUGAGCGCAUUAGACGGACAUGAUGUGGAAUGGAUUAAAGUUGCAGACACAAAGGGUUGUACCACAUUCUGUUCUGUGUGCCUUCAACAACCAUCUGGUUUUAAAUAUCUGUUUUGUGUUGCUGUUAAAAGACAGCUAUUGAUUUUUAACAUAAACCGCACAAAAGGAAGACAUCAGCGUCAAAGAGAAGUAACUCUUCCCGCUCCGGCUCAGUGUCUGUGUAUAAUGGGCGACAAAUUAGGCGUUGGAUUUCCCGCAAAUUUUUACGUGUAUUCUCUUUCUGAAGACAGCGCUCCAAUGUGUUUGGUUCGUCCUGAUUGCAGCGCCCUGUCGUUUUUGGCCCUCAAUCCGAUGGAAGCCAUGUUGGCAAUAGAGUUGCCUUCAGACGAAUUCUUAUUAGUUUUCAGUCGUAAGUCUCUCAUCUAUAUGAAUAAAGAAGGAAAGUGUAGAGUUGCAAUGUCUUCCUCGCCAACGGAAAGCUUAAGUUAUAACGAUAAUUAUCUGUGCAUCUACACCGAAGCUCACAUAGACGUAUUUGAAGUCACGUCCGGAGAGUGGAUUCAGACAUUGAACUUAAAAAAGGCAAAGCCCCUAUGCCGAACUGGACAACUAUGCCACACUUUUGCCACUGAUCUACCGCAUGUCGUCUACUUACACAAUGUAAAUCACUCAGAAAACACUGUUCACGUACCGGAGGUGGUCGUUCAGCAAGUCAGAGGGAGAUCAGGGAAAAUGAUGCUUACGCGCGUCAGAAGACGAUUUUCAGUCAGGGAAUUAGAGAAAUCGGGAAGAGUUGAGAGACUCUCUCGAAUGAUUUCUGGGCCAACAAAUUUCAACCACAUAUCUCACAUGGGACCAGGAGAAGGAAUCCAACUACAUAAAUUAAUGGACAUACAAGCAGUGAAACAGAACACCAUGAUUCACGAAGAAAAAUCGAUGGGAAAUAAGAACAUCAUCCAGUGCACCCCCGCAUCUAAACACGCGACGGGAGGAAGUCAGAGGGGACAGCGAUCGUCGUCGUCGAUGGUGGUGUCGCCCGACGGCUCUGUCUCUUCGCAGGAACAUUCCACUCCCAACAUCGGGACAGGUUUCGGAACGGCGCACUCCUAUCACAAGGACCACGGGGAACAAUCUAGUCCGCACCAUUCCAACACCAGCUCCAACCCCAGCUAUCCUCCCAGCCCGCGACACACAGAGCCCGAGGAGGGAGAGUCUCACUACGACCAGCCUACAGUGGAGGGGUAAGUGGAGAGGAGCGCCACCUGGUACUUCCGCCAUCGGGGACGGCCCGCAAGGGGCCGAACCGGAGAGAACUCGCCGGGACCCGACGAGGACGGACGGACGGACCGACGAAGGACUACUUAAAAGCCGAGGCCAGAGGAAGCGGGACGACACGGCCACGGACGGGAGGCUCCCCGGAUACGACGCAUGUACAAUAUUAAUUGUAGGAUAAUUAGACUAGGAAAUAUUUAUUUUUUGUGUAAAAAAAAACCAAAUAUUAGAUCCACACAAAUAUUUUUCCGAUUAGUUUCGAAAAUAUAAUAAUAAAUAAUAACAAUAAUAAUAAUUAUUAUAAAUAUGCAGUCGACCCUAAAUAUAUAUAAAUAAAAUAAAAAAUAAAUUAUAUAUAUAUUAUAUAUAUCUGUAUAAAUUAUCGAAUCAUUCUUCAUUAUUGUAAAGCAGAUUUUUUCAUUUUGUAUAUUUUAAUAAAAAUUUGUGAUAUGUUA